AUGGAACCAGCUCUAAGCCCACAUUCAUCCAAAGGAAUCCACUCCGUCACCGAAGCAGCAGACCUCUCCCGGCUAUGGGUAACCAUCACCUCAAACUACCCCGCCAUCUUCCCCGCGGAAGACGCAACAGACACCGUCCACGAACAACUUUUGGGCUCCAUUAGCAGCGCAAAUGUUCUGAAAGGCGUUGCAGAACGAGACGAUGCGCGGAGGGUGGUAGCGAGGGUCGUUCAGGAAGCUCAGGGGGAUGUUGGGGGGUUUUAUGCGCACGAAGCGGCACGGCUAUCCGAUAUUCUCCAAACAAUGGGUCUCUCGAACGACAGGAUAUCGAAGACAGGGGAGGCGGAUUUAGGUUCCCUGACGUCGCUGGCGAUAGCUCUUGGGUUGGGAGACGACGUUGAUGUGGCGAGCUAUCAAACUGGGCUCACAUCGCUAGUCCUCGAGGAAUUGGCGCUCGACCACGAUUUGCAACAGCGGCGCACCACCUUGGAACAACUGGAGAAGCUGAACCGGAGAACUGAGGCAGCCUACUCGGAAGCCCACACAACUGUCGCAAACAUAGAAACCAACGAAGAACUCGACCGCCAACGAAUCCGCGAACAGAAACGCAACGCGCACAUGCUUCGCCAAAAGGGAGACGAAUACCUCGAUCGUCUCCAAUCCUACGAGCACCGCAUUCCCGCAAACGUCGACUCCUACUCCUACGGCGCCCUUGUAGACCUGAAACAAGAAAUCGCAGACCUAGCCGCGGAAACAGAGAAGAAAGAAACGGCACUGGACGCGUUGAAGGAUUUGCCGCCGGAUAUUACGUUGGCGAGGUUGAAGCUGGGGGAGCGCAAACGGGAUUUGCGGGAAUUGAUUGAUCGGAAACAGGCGAUCUUACAGGGGAUUGCGGGGUCGCUUGCGUGA